AUGUCCAACACCACCCACACUGACCUUGACGCAGAACAUGUGGUGGUCCUUGUGUCCUUCCAAACGGCUCUAUUUGUGGAGGGGUCGGCGUACACGGUGGAGGUUGGGCACUGCGUCCCCGUCGAGGGGUACUUCGUGGUUGUCGCCAAUCCCUGGGGACCAAGGGCGACGCGCGAAGUGAUGUACGAGAAGGGGUUUGUCCAUUCCCCGUCCUCCGGACUCUUUACAGGCAUAAAAAACUGGAUGAAGAGACUGACGGAUCGCCUUGCGUUAAAGCAUGGAGUUUCGCCGACGCUGCGAAGGCAGGAUAUAGAGGCAUUACCAGCAAAACUUCAUGUGUUGAGGGCCAUGCGGGCUUUUGAAGAGGCUAUGUGGAAGAAGAAGGAUGGCUCUAUGAUUUUCGUCAAGAAUGAAACGGAUCCGUUAUUUUUUGAGUUGGAAUGCGUCUUCGAUGCUGUGCAGCGUGUCAAAAGAAGAAACACCCCCAAUGAGACGAAAGGCACAACUGUUUUUGUGACACUCCGAGAGCGGCUCGAUAGUGUACAUGCCGCACUGCGGUGGUUUCGCAGUGAACUCGCCCGGUUGCCUCCGUACGCGGUUGUCGCGAUGGAGGAUCUCAUUCCUGCCUCGGGGGAAUUAAUUGAAUUUAGUGCCGAGGCUGUGCGGUCCCUUGAUUCCAAUCGGUGUGCCGUGCAUCCCACUGACCAGAAAAACCGCUCUGGGCUUCCGUUCGACUGCUGCCGUGAAGAUGUUUGUCUGCUUCGACUCGUACAGGAGCACCUCGCCGACCACCUUGAAGGGCUCGAUGCCGACGGUGUGCCUAUGCUAGUUGUCCCACCCAGGGUUUGUGAAGCGGACGGUGAUGAUUUAGGUGACUCUGGGUGA